AAUUGAACAACAAUAAUUAUCAGCCAAUGAAAUCUACUAGGGUUGUGCUCUUCAUUUAUCUACUUUAGAUUUAAGUGUUAAAAAUUGAAUAUCUAAGGAAAGAAGUGAGGACAUAUAUAACAAAAAGAGUUUUAAGGGUGAGCCAUGUUGGUCAUAUUUCCAUUUUUCAUCACCAUGAUGUCCUUAUGGCCUUCCACGUCAUCAUCAGAGUCACAACUUCGCAAGGACAUUCUUCAGAACUACAUGAAGGAGUUGCGACCAAAUGUUACACAGAUGGUUAUAAACAUAUCUUUCAGCGUCUUUCAUCUCAUAGGUUUUGAUGACAAAAACGGGAAAUUUACAAUCAAUGGAUAUCUAGGAAUGUCAUGGACCGAUUCAAGAAUUGCCAAAAGCUGGGCAUUCUCAGAGGCUUCCGAAAUUGGAACUUCCACAAUGUAUUUUAAGGAAUCAGAUGUGUGGACUCCAGAAAUUCGUCAAAAAAAUCACUACAGUAGAUCUGAUUUUGAAAAAGUAAUCGAGGAAACGGUAAUAUUUCACAAAAACGGUUCAGCAGUGAUGAUGAAAAUGGAUGUAUUCACAAUGGAGUGCACAACAUUUUUCUCCUUUUUUCCAUUUGACACACAGAAUUGUUCGAUUGAUGUUUUGAUAUGGGGAUUUUUUAAUGGAGAAAUUGCUUUAAAUGCACCUUAUCCCAAAGUCAACAUGAAAUUAUUUAGUGAAGAUAACGUCUGGCAUAUAAGAGACACAAGAAUCAAUGUUGAAAGCGUUUACGGUCUCGGUAUUAAUGAUAUCUACCAAGUUCCAAGGGCUAAGAUUGAAUCCAAAAUACUUCGCAGCCCAUCCUAUUAUGUAACUUGUCUUAUCGUUCCCCUGAUUUUUAUGCAAUGUCUUCAAUCAUGUGUGUUUUUAAUGCCGUGGGAUUGCGGUGAAAGAGCCAGCUUUGCAGUAACCGUUCUUCUCGCGAUAGCUUUGUUUCUCACUAUGGUCACCGAACACAUUCCAAAAGCAGCAAAAACUCAUUUUUCAUUUUUAGGAAUCAAGAUGAUUUUUGAUCUUCUUGUAGGGAUUAUGAUCCAAAUCAGUGCAAUCAUUAUUCAACUUGUAUAUUAUCAAAGUCGUCGAUCAGAACCGAAAUUCUUCGGAGUCAAUAUCAUAAGGGUAGUCUUAAAUGUGAUAUGUAGCGUAGUCUGUCGAGUCUGUGAUGAUGGUGACUUUAAAGACAACGAGGACAAUGAUCAAGAACAAAAGUCUGAAAUUUGGAUUGAACGCGGGAAUAAAAUGGAUAAAUUUUGCUUUUGGUUUGCAAAUUCACUCACCCUGAUUUCCAUUUUGUUCUUUUGUGUUGUUGUUGGCUCUUCUGAUUAUUAAAAAGUUUAAUGAUAAAUUUAAGGGUUCAUGCACAAUGU